AUGGACAGCUAUUUUGAUGACCACAGCAAACAACUGGACGACUUGCGAAGGAAGGGAUUAUUGUGUGAUGUGGAGCUCUGUUGUGAGAUAAAAGAAGAAGGUUUGACGUUUCCAAUUCACCGGGCUGUCAUGGCCGGUUGCAGCCCCUAUUUUCGUGCUCUUUUUACAUACACCAAGUCUCAUGAGAAAAAGACGAUCAUCAAGAUACCAGGAAUUUCGGAUCGGAUAUUAAAAGAAAUCGUCGAAUUUGCAUAUACCGGUAAAGUUCGGGUUGACGAACAAAACGUGGAAUCGUUGUUGUCGGCAGCAGAUAUGCUUCAUGUCAUGGGUGUGCUGAGAGCUUGCAGUGACUUUCUUAUGGCUAAUUUAUCGGUAGAAAACUGCAUUGGAAUUUAUAAAUUCGCUACAUUCUAUAAUUCUACUAAACUAGCAUCACAUACAAGACACUAUAUCCUGAAAUAUUUUGUGGACGUAGCUCAAUCAAGUACAGAGUUUCUGCAUUUGCAAGCAAGCGAAUUGAAAGGAAUAUGCUCAGAUGACGAAGUAAAUGUGAGGCAGGAAGAAGAUGUUGCAAAGGCCAUAUUUCGAUGGGUUGCCUUUGAUGGCGGGCUUCGGCGUCAAUAUUUAUGUGGUCUUCUUCCGUGCAUCCGCUUUGGUUACAUUCCCAUGGAAUUUUUUCUUGAACACAUCAGUAAACACCCCUUUGUAGUUGGUCGGGAAGACUGCCAGAGUAUUUUAAAAGGAGCUUGGGAUAUCAUUCAAGUUAUUCAAACUGACGGUAUCUCUUUCAUCGAAGUUGGGAAUGCUUACGUCAGGCCACGUGUUCCCAAUGAUAUACUGUUUGUCGUUGGAGGAUGGUCGUCCCAUGGCACGACGACAUCCGUGGAGACAUACGACACGCGAGCUGAUAGGUGGUACCGUGUGAGCGAGAGUCUGCCAACGCCGAGGGCUUACCACGGCGUUGUGACCAUUGAUUCUAGGAUAUACGUUAUUGGUGGAUACGAUGGUAUCAAAUACCACAACGGAAUGCAGUACUUCGAUUGUGUUCAAGAACAGUGGUGUGAAUCCGCACCAAUGUACAUACCAAGAUGCUAUGUGACUGUUGCGACGUUAGAUGGGCACAUCUACGCCUGCGGGGGAUACGACGGGCGACAUCGACAAAAUUCCGCAGAGAGAUACGACCCCACUUCAAAUCAGUGGCUGAUGAUUGCCCCAAUGGGAACCAAAAGAAGCGAUGCUAGUGGUAGCUCUCUGAAUGGUUUGCUGUUCGUGGUAGGUGGGUUUGAUGGUCACAACUGUUUGGAAACAGCCGAGACGUAUAACCCCAAAACGGACCAAUGGACGACGAUAGAGGCAAUGUCUAAGCGACGGAGUGGACUAGGCGUUCUCACAUACAAAGGCGAGGUCUAUGCAGCCGGUGGAUAUGACGGCACAGACCGUUUGGAAUCGGUGGAGAAGUACAACAGGUCGACAAAUUCUUGGGCUAUUGAGACAGAAAUGUCCGUAGGCAGAAGCAACUUUGCGUUUGAGGUCAUCGACGACAUGAUGUUUAUUAUUGGAGGAUAUGAUGGUAAUUCUAUCACUUCAUUAGUUGAGUGUUAUGAUGUCAAAACCCAGACUUGGUACGACGCCAGCUGUCUGAACGGUGGCACUGUCCUUGAAACUCCUUGA